GUUAAUGAAAUGUUCAAAAAACCGUUUACAGUCAAGAAAAAUACAAAUCAGCGGAAUUCUGACUCACGAAAACUGUUUAACCGACUGAAAGAGGAAGUCAAUGGAGAAUCGAAUAUUGACAAGAAAGGCCAAGUCGCUCAAGUAAAGCUGACAACUUUCGAAGGAACCCAGAUGAAUGUCUACACAAUUGACAAAGUUCCGAUGCUUUUCGAAUUCAGUGAAAAUGGAAAUAUCUAUCCCACUGUGUAUUAUAUGUGGAAUAAUCAAAAGACAUUUCCAGUCUUGAUCUGCCAUGAACCAGUUUUCUCGUAUCUAGAAAAUGGAGCAGAUCUUAUGCUUCCUGGUGUUAUUCGUUCAUCCAUUUUCCCAUUUCCAACGUUUCGAAAAGGAGCUCCAGUGGCAAUUGCAUUUUAUUCGUCUGAAACUGAAACUGUUUCAGGCCCAUCGGCAGUAGGCUGCUCAAUGAUGUCGUCUGAAGAAAUGGUUGUGUGUGGAUUCAAAGGAAAAGGUGUCCAAGUGUUGCAUGUCUUCAGAGAUCAACUUUGGGAUUUUGGACCAAAAGGUGUUCCUCCUUCAUGUUCAUUAGAAGACUGGAACAAGAUUGGAGUAGAAUCCGAAGAAUCAGAGGAAGAUGAGGAAACAGAUGAAAGGAAAGAAUUGGAUGCUUGUCAAUCAACAUUACCAAAAGAAGAAGAAAAACAAGAAGUGAUACAAGAAGAACCUAUGGAAAAUCUUCUGACACGUUGUUUCCUAGCUGGCUUAAAACAUAGAUUCACUCGAAAUCAACUCCCAAUGGAUGUUGGACAAUUCUAUACGCAAUGUGUUCUCUCUUGUGUUCCAGAUGGCCGACGAUUGGAUAUGAAAAAGACACAUUUCAAGAAAUUCGCUACGUUUCUUCAAGAAAUAAAUGAACUAGAAAGUGAGUGGAUCAUCAAGAUUACGCCGAGUAAAGAGAAAAAAGGAGCUGAUAUCGUAGCUGAUGUGAACUUUUCCAACAAAUUAUUCCGCGAUUUUGAAGUAACUGAUGAACGAAUUGUUGAUGAAGCUCCAGCGGAGAAGGCCAAGUUUGAUGCUCCCGUGAUAGCUGAAUAUUUUGCAAUUACCGAACCAACGCUGAAGUUGUUCCCUGGCUGCUCAAAAGGGGAUCUUCUGACUGUGAAACAAAUCAAAGAAUUUGUCACAAAAUAUGUAAAUGAAAACAAACUUGCUGCUGGAGGAUCAGUUCGUCUUGAUCCAAUUAUCUUUUCGGUCACUAAAAUCCAAACGGAUACAACUCCAUGGGCAAAUUUGAUGAAAGAAAUCCAUUCAAGAAUGACUGCAACAUGGCACAUAAGAUGGCCUGACGGCAGAGAAAUAGUCAGAAAAGUAUCUCCACCGAGAGUUGAAUUCAAGAUCGAAAACCGUGCUGGAAACAAAAAAGUUACUCUUUUAAAUGGAUUAGCGAUGUUUGGAAUUGACAUUCGAACGAUUUGCCAUCAAAUUCAGACUGGUGUGGCUACUAGUGUUACAAGUCAAUGGGAAGUUCCUGGCGUCGAAGGUCCUCAAGUACUCGUUCAAGGAAAUCAAAUUCAUUUUAUCGCUGAUCUUCUGAUAAAAUCGUAUGGAAUCGACAAGAAAUUUAUGAAAGGAACCGAGUUGGCGGUGAAAAAGAAGAAAUAAGAAAAUUUGGAGAAAUUUGCAAAUUCAAAUAGUAUUAAAUCUGUUCAAUGUAUUCCCUCACACCUUAAUUUUUUUGUUUUGAAAUUCGGUCUUUCUUUAUUUAUUAAAUACCCGUGUGUUUCUAAGUAUGGGUUGUAUUCGUAUUUUCGGUUCCAUAAAGAUUCAUGAAGAACUUUC